UAUGAAAAGAUUCAAUUAAGCAGACGAACGAGCACUGAGAAUAAUCUUCUCCCGAUUCAAGAAAAAUAAAAAUCUAAAAUGUUUACUUUGAAAAAUGUUAUUCAAUCGGCUUUUCGAUUGACGAAUUUUUCACCAAUUUCUAAAAAUGUCGUUUCAGUCAAAGACAAAAUUGUGUUGCCUAGCACAUCAAGAUUUUUUUCGGGUUCGUCAGAAUCAACUUUUCGGUGUGUCCAAUACCCUUCCAUAAAUGCUACUCCAAGUAUAUUAUCAUCUAUUUCCCCAUUGCUUCAAAAUCUGUCAUUAACUACUCCCUCUUUGCAGCAAACCCGAUCAGUUACAAAAUGGUCACUCAAAAAAGGAAAGCGCAAAACAGUUAAAGCUGUUGUUUCUAGGUUCUAUCGUUUAGGAUGGGGUGCAUGGAUAAGACCAAUGGUGGGACACAGUAAACGUCACUGGAGCAAAACAGCAAAAAGGAAGAUUCGGGGUGAAAAGCAUGUAUUUUGUAAUGCUACCCAGUCAACUCUUCUUGACAAAAUGGUAACGAAAUACUGGAGAAAGAGACGGUUUUACGUUGAUGAUAUGUACGAGUCGUAUCAUCAGCGAGAAGAGUAUCCUUCAAGUGCUGUUAAACCUCAUUGAGGUCUAUAAUCAAUACUAGUUCAAAUACAUUCAAAUAAUGGAAAAGGAAA